AUGUCCAUGAAACAGAACUCAGACUUCCUCCGAGGCCCUCCUCAAAAUGCUUCAGUCCAUCACAUCGACUUCACAAGAACAACACCACCAAUCAUGGCAUUCAAAGAUAGAUUCGCCGCCGUAAUAGAAAAUUUCAUUAGCGAAGCUGAAUGUACCGAGCUUCUCCGACUCGCUGAAGAAUCCACAAACUCGUCUAACCCAAACACCCCGAUUUGGGAACGAGCCAUGAUCAAUGCAGGCGGGGGCAAACAAGUCAUGUCAGUUGAUACACGAAAAAGCGGACGAAUAAUCCUUGAUUCCGCGGAUAUCGCACAGCGAAUCCUCGAUCGCUUAAUGCCUUUCAUGCGUGACUUCAAUAUCGAUACUGUGCAUAAUAUGCCCCUUGUAACUGGUCUUGGUUCUGCACGACGUGGUGAAUCGUAUCAGUUAUCAGGGAUUAAUGAACGAUUGAGAUUUUUGCGCUAUGAAGGUGGAGAUUAUUUUCGCCCGCAUUGGGAUGGGACUUAUGUUACUCCUGAUGGGAAUGAGCGGUCGCUUUUUACUAUUCAUCUGUAUUUGAAUGGGGAUGGGGAACAGGAUAUGGAGGAGUUGAUGCCUGAGAUUGAGCGUGCAGAGAAGAGGAAUGCACUCUUUGUAAAGGAUGGGGAGGUGGAUUUGAUGGAUAUUAGAGAGACUCAAUCUGAGUCUGGGUUGCAGUCUCCUAGUAAUGAUGUUGAUGCUCGAAGUAAAGAGACGCUGUUGGGUGGUGCUACUUCAUUCACCGAUGAUUACCGUGCGAGUGAGGUUGUGCGUGUAUUUCCCAAAACAGGAUCUCUUCUGAUAUUCCAGCAGAGGAACUUGAUGCAUUGUGGUGAUGAUGUUUUUCGGGGUAUCAAGUAUACAGUUCGGUCGGAUUUGAUGUAUACUUUGUCCGAAUGA